UGAGGCAUAGUUACAUAUUUGUCAUUGGUCGAUAGCGCCCACGUGAUCCGUUAUGUUAUUAUUGUAGGUACACAGAUGCGGUAGCGCUGAGCACGGCAGCGGUGGAUUUCCUCGCGAAAAGGACACUUUUGUUUGGGUUCGCCGUUAGGAACCUGCCUUAUUGACGCCGGGAGAUGCGAGUGUGAAAUCGGUCUGUGAGUCCGACCUUCUGACGGUUACCGAAACAGCAGACGACACUCGUGUAUUUUAAAAACCGUAGCAGACGGCCUAGCAUUGAUUGUCGGCCAUUUCUCCAGCUCUUCUGCUACUCUACGGUAAUAUAUCGUCUGCUGUUCAUGGAACCAAGAGCUUCUCUGUGAUUCCCUUUCUGUCUGUUUUGAUUUUGGUUUUUUCCUUUUGUUUUUUUCCUUUUUUUUUCCCUUUCUUCUUCCGUCCUGGAACUUGUUCCGGGAGUGAGAUAGAAUUACUCCAGAGAUGUCAGGUCGAAUGGACUCCCCUCCCAACUUCAUGGACAGAAAUCGCGACCAAGAUUCGGCACAGACACUUUUAGAUUCUAAGAAUGUUUCCAGAGCCAGCAACGGCAACGCAAGAGAGGAAAAAGCCAUGCGCCACGACUACGAUCGUCUGCAAGAAAAGCUCGCGCGAAUCACGUGCUACCUGUACGGACUGGCGACCAUCGUCGUCUUCGGGAUGCUCAUCCUCAUCGUCAUCAUCGCCGUCCUGUACGGCAAACUCAGCUACGACGUCGCUCACCAUUCCCACCAGCCGAAAGUCGGGGAGCAGAUCUCUAAGAUUCUGGAGGACGAGGAGUUGUGUUUCUUGUGUAGUACCCUGAAGCUGGGACCGAGUCCCCAGGAGGAACACAUGUUGGAUCCGUUUAUUCGAAAGGACGAUAAGGACGGGGAACAGUGUUGUGUGGAGAGCCCGUCCCAGCUCAUGGAUUUACUUAAGCUGUUUAUUGAAAGAAAAUACAGAGAAGAAAUGGCUAAAGGUAAUAUAAAACUCCAACACAAUGGCGGUCUGAUGUCCGACGAAGAUAGACCGGCUGCUCAUCUGAUGGGUUCUCUCCAGAGACUGGGUCUAAAUCAAGUUCCGGGAAAACAGUUUCCAAUCUCCAGCUGGGUCUACGAGACCGACCUCGCUUUCACCAACCACGUGACCUAUCGUCACGGCCGCAUCGUGGUGCCCACUGACGGGCUGUACUACGUGUACAGCCAGAUCUCGUUCCUCGAGGUGUUCGACCCGCUGCACGGAGAUGGGAGCCAGUCCAACCCGUCAUCCACCAGCACGGAGUCCCCAAGUCUCUCGCACUACAUCUACCGAUAUAACAUCAUCUACCCGCUAGGGGGCGAGGAGCCGCUCGUGCAGAACUCCAUCACCAAGUGCUGGGGCCAGAACAAGGCGUUCGGGGAAUACGUCAGCUAUCUAGGGGCCGUGUUCAAUCUCAGACAAGGGGACGAGGUGUUUGUCAAGGUGUCCAAUCUGUCAAUGGUGGCGAGAGAACCUAAAUCAAACUAUUUUGGAUUGUUCAAGCUUUGAUUUUUGUUGAGAGUCUCACAUUUUUUCCCCUGGGGAUGUUUUUUUUUUUUGCGUCCUUGUGAUACAAGAGCAUACAAAACAGCUAUGACAGUAAAAUUCCAAACGAUUGAUUGAAUGAGAUGAGUGCAAUUCAUUCUACUGCUGAUGUCGGUGCUUCUACACAAUCUUCUACAAAGCGAUCUGGACACUGCUUCUUAGAAAAUGCUUCAAGAGAAAAUUCUAAGGUUGCUUAGAAAUUGCCCGCAGAUUGCAUAUAAACUGCUUCUUAGAAAAUGCUUGUGUUCUAAGAAUGAUCUGGACAUUAUAGUAUUAUAGAAAAUACUAGAAAAGGUUCUAGAGAUUGCAUAGAAACUGCUUACAAAAUGCUUCGAGAAAAUUCUAGAAAAGGUUCUAGAGGAUGAAUAGAAACUGCUUUUCAGAAAAUGCUUCUAGAGACAUUUCUAGAAAAUAUUCUUGAGAACAGUGUGAAGAUUGCUUCUUAGACGAUGCGUCUACAAAAGGUUUUGGAAAAUCAUCUAGUAACUACUUUGUAAAAACAAAUGCUGCUACAAAAAAAAGUCUAGAGAAUGUUCUAGAAACUGCCUAGAGACUGCUUCUUAGAAAAUGCUUAUACAGAAAAUUCUAGAAAAUAUUCUAUAGUCUGCUUCAGGACACGCAUGUAUAUAAAUGCACACAGUCGCGUUUGUAGACGCGUUCCAUUUUAGUAACUUCGCCACAAUGGACAUCAAUCAUUGGUCUGACUUCUAGACUACCGAGGUCGGGCUCUCUUGAGCUGUUACUCCAUUAUGGUGAGAAUAGUUAUUGACUGGUCUGAAUGGACAUCGUGAUCUCAGUCAUGGCAUAUGAUGCAAUGACUGCUGUUAGAAAUAAUUAUAUACUCUGUACAUAGUACACAGUUGUGUUCCAGCAGUGGCCACUCUAAAAGAAACCCUGGGGCUGCAACAUUCCUUGGUAAUAAUUUGGUCGUGUUUCUGGAGUAAAGGAUUAAGAUCGUUUAUCAUCUAUGUCCGCAGGUUUGUCGGAGGAGGGCGCGGGGGAGGGGCAUAAAGGUAAAUAAUUAUUAAUAUUGAAAAUAGAAGGCCGGAUAUAACAUUGUACUUAGCGGGUCCUGGGGUUUGCAGGCCUGUUUAGGUUUUUCGAUGUCUUAUCUUUUAUUGGUACAUUCUGGAACAUCUUAAUUUGAGGUCAUUUUGAUGCUGAGGUAGGCAGAAGCGGGGUCAUAGCCUAACCCAUGGGCCUAGCUUGGGAUUUUCAGGUGGUACACAGACGUUUUCGGCGAUGGAAUAAAACGCUAUUGGCUGUGCCCACUCCCACUUCACCCCCAUAUAUAUUUUAAUAAAAAACUGUAAUCUCAAGUGGUACGCAGCUGCAUACCUGCGUAUAUGGAAGCUCUAACCCAUCCCCACCCCCUCCCCUUGACUCUGACAGGCCUGGUCUGGUAGUAUAAGUAGGUAUUAAUGUUAUCGUUGGCUACAUAUUUUUAUGGAGUAGGCCAAAUAUUUUCAAAAAGGCCUAAUAGGUUCGUGAAUCUCUACUGUCCCACCACCAUCACCAACAACAACUCUGAAGAGUAUGCAUCACCCACACCCAACCCUCACCCCACCCUAUCCUCCUCUUCCCAGAUGAAACUCGCAUUACUGCCGUAUUGGCCCCUGAAGUUGCUAUCAUCUUCCGACGGGGAUGUGAUUUAGCUCAGACCGUAGAGCGCUCGCUUGAAGUGCUUGUGUCAUCAGUUCACAUCUCCUCGGAGGAUUAACUGAGCUUUUGUAUUCUUCGUCCAAGCUAGUGCCCUACCCUGGUAUGUCAUUUUGCUGUCCUGUCUGUGGAAAGUGCAUAAAAAAAAAGAAUCGUAGCUGCUAAUAUAAAAACUGUAGUGCGUUUAGCACAUUUUUCAGAUUCAAUAGCCCAUGAUUAUUUAAUGAAUGUACCCUAGCAGACAGGAUGUUACACAUCUGUAGAAAUACAUGGGUAAAAUAUAUAAAUAUUUUAUAGCCAUAUUCCAGCUCUGGCUAUUUCACUUUGUAUAUAGCUAUUGUGUUCAGCACUCGCUCGAUAUUUCGGGACCCGUGCUUCUAAAGCUUUAUUUUGUAGACUUGGCGUCCGGCGACCAAGUUCGCAAAACGUAAGGCUACAUUUAUGCAUAUUCGCGUCUUUGAUUGUAAAACAGUUCUAAUAAUUAUAAACUUAGAAAUAUUAAGAAACUAUUUUAUUUCGUCCGCACCGUGGUUUGUUUUCCAAGAUAAUAGUAUUUUUUGGUGUGAAAUAGAUGCCAAACCGUAACACAUGUAAACGUUCCUAGAUGUCAGAAGUGGGGAGGGGGGCGCUUAAUAACUCCCCACUGCCCCUCCUCCUCACCUCCCUUCCCCAGGGGGACAGGGCAAACUGACAGUGGCCCCAAGAGCAGCAAGGUAUUGUUUCGCUAACGUUCGCGAACUAUUUGAUUGGUUCCCGACGUGGCUAUAUGGUUUUACCGUGAAGCAUAUAAAACAGUCUAGCGUACGUUUUUCUGCUCGGUCUGGCUGAACUCCGAUCUGGUUUUCUUCCCCUCGCCCCUGCUAGGCCCUGAUUUCAGCCUUUUCAUUUUGGGUGUAUGAUAAUCGUCACUUUCAUGCCACUGCGGGUUGUUUUUUUUAACCACCUAUUUGUAUGUAUGAAGAAGUAAAUGUGAAUUCCAUGAAGCAUAUUUAUAAUAUAGCCAUUACCGAAAGGAACAUGUCAUGACUGUUAAUUGAAUAACAAUACAUCGUGUACGUGUAAAUAUGUGCAUAAUUAUAUGUAAUUAACAUUCAUGUUUGUAUCAUUAUAGUUGACGACACGAUAAACGGCAUAUGCAUACCUGUGCAGCAAUAAUUUUCCUUGUGGGUGUAUAACAAGGCUUAAAGGUAAACGGGGUUUUAAAUGGGACAAAAAGAAGUUUCUAUACGAACUUUGGGUAAAAUAUGUUUUAACCCUGACACUGCCAUUCUAUAUUUUGAAGACAAUAAAAUAUUUUUUUUAAAUUAUAAAAUAAAAUAAAUAAUGUUUUGAAUACUUUAGUAGGCCUAUUAUACAUAUUUCAAUUGUUUGGGGUUUGUUUUUGUUUUUUUGUUUUUUGGGGGUCAUCUUCUUCAUUUUUUGUUUGUUUAUUUUUUUAAUGGUUUGGGGGGUUAUGGGGUUGGGGUUUCGGGGGGGGGGGGUGUUGGGGGAUCGUUUUCUAAGUAUGUUUUUGUUUUUUUUGUUAUUGUUGCAAUGGCAUAAGCCAAUUUAUAAUUAUCAUUCUAGUCCAUUAGCCCAUUGAAAAAAAAACAUCACACCCGUAAGAAAACAAACUUUUGGAGAAAUUUUGGUAUGCCGUAUUUCUUGUCGUGUACUAUACUAAUAGUCUCGAUUAUUACACAUGUUAAUACCUUUAUGCAUGCUCAAUCGUCUGAAUAUGGAGAACAACACUAUAUCAAACUAUAUGCAAAUGUUAAAUAUGUGUUGCUUAACUACACGAUCAUCAUAAAUGACAGUGUGAAAUGUGUGUAUGUAUAUAGGCUACAUGUAUAAUAUUGGUUUUAGUUACGUUUCGACCAUUCCUAGUUUUAUACGUCUCAUCUUGUCACGCCAUCUAUAAUAUACGCUACUAUGUUUACCUUGGACUUCACAAACUAUACACUAAGCUCAAAUCCGCAUCGCACUUUUUCCCGAUACUCUAAAAGCCGACGCUACACUAUACGAGAAGAGCCGAGUGCAACCGAUGAAAUGGUAAAUUAAUGUUGUCUUGUCACAAUUGGCUGUAUUCGUACGAGGCACUCGUAUCGUGUGGCGUCGUCUUUAUAGUUAUCUCCCCUUGGAUAAUAUAAUCCGAAGGCAGCUUUUUUUUUCUUCUUUUUUUUUUCUUUUUUUUUUCUUUCUUCUUUGUUUAAUUCCACCAGCCCCAACACUCCAACGUCUUUUCGUUAGUCUUUCGAAUUAUGGUGAUUUGCGUAGACCUGUUAAGAUUUUAAAUUAGAGGUGAGAGAACAAAAAUAUUAAUAUUAAUAUUUGCUAUUAAUAUUUAUGUUGGGUGGAUGAUAAAUUAUGAAAAUUUGAAUCUUAUUUAUAAGCGUUGUGUGAAACCGAUUUCCUGGAAUUUUGAAUUUCAUUGUAUGCAUCAUUCGCGUAUGAAUUGCUUUAAUAUGGGUAAAUGUAUUAGUCUUUAAAUUAUGUAAAUUAGGCGCAAAUUCCAUUUGUCCAUAAUCCGUACUCGUAACCGUAUACGUAACCGUAUUCGUAACCGUAUACGUAAUUCAUAAUACAUUACAGUUGUCGGAUACGCAUACGCGUAAGGACGACGUAUACAUAGAAUCUUCUCAACCUAUUUCAGGCACGGUGGAAGCAAGUAGACAUUGAGGGGACUGACUGAGAUUUGGGAGGGGGGCUGAUUGAGAUCGAGGGCGCAAAGCAGUUUCUAAGGGGUCCGUGGGUAUGCCCCCCCCCCCCCGUAAAUUUUUUAAAACUAGAUGUCCUGAAAUGCAAUUUCAUGCAUUCUACAAAUAAAAUUUAUCUCUGCUAUAAAAUUUACUACCCAUAAUAUUUUCUAUUCAGAAUGAUUGGAGCCCCCCCCCCCCCCCCCCAGCUCCUGCUCCGCCGUGCAUAUGUAAUUUGUAUAGAAAGUGAUUGUUACGGAUUAUGCAUUACGUAUAACGUAUACGUGUACGCAUAUACGAAUUGCAGACAAAUGAAAUUUGCGCCAAACACAAUAUCCGCGUCCAGGGAUUGAGGGGGGAUGCAUAUGUCAUCCUCCACCUCUCCUACUUCACCCCACUUUUAUAAAUAGGCGAGGUCCACGUUUUAAUAUUGUUAUAUUUUCUAUGAGUAUUUUGAAAUCUCCAUAAAGUAUAAGCUAACUAUGAUGUAUAAACAAUGUGACUGUUAGUGAUUUUAAUGAGUGACACAUAAAUAUAAAUAUGUAUCACAUAGAUACAAACUGUGUUCAGCAAACACUCAUUUUCUUCCAGUUUGUUUAGUUACUGUUUUGUUUUAAAUAUAUAUUUUGUUAAUUUAUAAACCUAGUUGUGAAAAUCUUAAGUUGUUAUAUAGAGUUCCUGGCACUAUGUUUCGAAGCAAGGGAGUCCGCGGAAGGAAGCGGCUAUCCGCCCCAGGUGUCACGUUAAAGGGUGCGCAUGAAAUGCUCAGCGUUCGCAGACACCUGGUUUUGUCACCGUUUUGAUGUACGAGGGCAUGCCAUCAUUGUGUAGGGGCGUGUGCGGGGCUAAGGGGAAAAGAGCACAUGGAACAACUCGUGAAAAAGGUAACCCAAUGAAUUCGGUGUGUGUGUUGGGGAGGGGGGGGGGAGGGUUAAAUGGUAAUAAUAAAAAAGCCGAAAAAAUUAGGCACCUGAAUUUAUCUCUGGUCCUGCCCCUGACUUUGUCGGAACGUCCCUUUGACUCUGUCUUGUAUUUUUAGUGAGCGGCUAAGGAAAAAAGAACACAUGGACAAACUCGUGAAAAGGGCAACCCAAUGAAAACUACUUUAAAAAUAAUAAUUACAAAGAUAAAUAAAAUUUUAAAAAGUCAGAAAAAGAAGCACUUGAAUUUAUCCCCUGAUUCCCGCCUUCGACCCCCUCUCACUUCGUCGAAACAUCCUUUGGACUCUGUCUUAUGUAGAAAUUGAAUUUUUGAAUUUGAUCAUGUUAACUGUCGUCCAUAUUUACAGUGCCGAAUCCACGUUAAAAAUAUAACUCUAGUAUAACGCAUGUGUGUUUCCAGUGAGAGGCGUAGUACGCAUGCGUGUUCCUGUAGAUUUGCAAUACGAAUGCGUGUUCCUAAAGAGGUUCAGUACGCAUGCGUGUUCCCGUGAGAGGCGCAGUACGCAUGCGUGUUCCCAUAGUGGUGAGGUGUGAAGUGAGUAUACGUCCAUGUGUAGUAGUUAAAUAUUUAUUUGUCCAGCUAUUUGUGUUGAUAUUAUUAUCUAUGACAUUAAUGUAAUAAAUUGUAUAUGUGAUAUUUUUGUAAACAAAGGAUGAUUGUGAUAAAUACUUUCAAAUCC